AUGGGUUGUGGCAUUUCUACUUUUCAUCUAGUUGAUGAUGGCGUGAUACAUGGCUGUGGGCCCCUCGGGAAGGGCCGAAGGAAUGAUCGUGCUAAAGUGGAUGGGAAUCCCUCCACCAAAUUGCUUCUUAACGUUGGUGGAGAUGAUGAUGAUGAUAGUACAGUCGAUUCCAGUGGUAACCGUAAAAGUGUUUCCUCCAUCAAGGUGGACGAUUCCGAUUUUAAUGGUGGCCAUAAUACCAUUUCCUCGCAUACUAAGAAGGUGAUAUAUGUGAGGGAACUGGCAUUCCAUGAACAGCGAGUGAAACCUUCGCACCAAAAUAAAGAAACUGUGAAGCAGCCUGUGGUCGAUUUUGAUGUCAAAAUCAAGAAACUGGAUGGAGAUCAGGAAAGAGAAAGAGACGUGGAGGCUGUGGAAGGGGAAGAAGAGGGAGAAAGGAUUUCUGAUUUCAACGGUUCACUACUGAUUGGAUCGCCUAGUUUCAGGGAGUAUUGUUACAACGAUUCUGACUCAGAUGACAGCGUCAAUAAUGGUGGUAACAAGGAUGGAGAGAAGACGGAAGCCAACACUCCACCGGGGGACAAAAUUGCAAGUUCGAGUGAGAUUUGUUACCUGGAAGGAUCAAGGACGAGAUCAGAUAAAAAAGGAAGGAGAGGAAGAAGAUUCAGAAAGGUGUUUCCAAUGCACCGGACAUCUGCUGUAAAAAAUCUCUUGAAUGUCACCACUUGCUACAACCCCAAUGCUUCCUCUUGCCGUGGAGCUCAGAAACUGCCUGAAAAAGCCUUCUAAUUAAUCACUGUAUAUAAAGGCAGUUUCUGAGCUCCUUUAUGUACAGUGAUCCUUUUUCCCAUUUUAAUUUCAUGUUAAUGAUCUUAUGUUCUCUGCAAAGCAACAAUUUGUGU